GGGCCACGAUAAUUCUAUUCAUUUUGGUGGCCCCGGCCCAAAAAAGUAUAGCGUAUCCGUAACGGCGCCGUUUCGAUGAAAUCGGUCGUCGCAUUUCCGAGAAUCUCUCAUAUCAUCUCCUCCACUCAAAAGCCUCUAAAUCAUUUUUGUCACUUCCUUUUUCCAUUUUUAUAAUCGCGAGAAUUAGGGUUAGGGUUUCAUUCCCACCCAAAUCGAAACUAAAACCCCAAGUCAGUCUCACUCACUCCCACGCUCAAAAACUCAGUCACCAUGGCAGCCAAAGCGCCGUCAUCGGAAGCUCAGCAGCAGGGCGGCGUCUCGGCCGAUAGCAAGCCGGGGCUGCGUAAACCGGUGUUCGUGAAGGUCGAUUCUCUGAAGCCGGGGACGAGCGGGCACACACUUGUCGUUAAAGUGCUGGAAUCGACCACCGUUCUGAGCAAGAAGCCACGGAACCCGACUUUUCGUGGGGCCCAGAACCAGAAUACGAGGAUCGCCGAAUGCCUUAUCGGAGACGAAACGGGCACGAUUCUCUUCACGGCUCGUAACGAUCAAGUUGAGAUGAUGAAGCCUGGUAACACAGUGAUACUUCGCAAUGCAAAGAUCGACAUGUUUAAGGGGUCGAUGAGGCUUGCUGUUGAUAAGUGGGGCCGUGUUGAGGUUACUGAACCAGCAGAUUUUGUGGUCAAAGAGGAAAACAAUCUCUCCCUUGUCGAGUAUGAGCUGGUUAACGUUGAAGAAUCUUGAAAAGUUUGAAUUCCACCUUGUGGAUAUUGGACUGCAAUUCACUUUGUCACUAUUGGGUCUUCGGUAUACAAGUUUUCCUGGUUACUUUGUCUUUUUUGCCACUGAGUUGAUUAACAACAUGCUAUAGGUCUGAUUUAAUUGUGGCAUUAAUUUGUUGGUGUGUAAACAAUAUGGUCCCUUGAUUCUGCCAUAUAUUAUCUCUCGUUCUUAAAUGUGGAAAAAAGUAAAUUUUCAAUA